AAUGAAACAAGGAAUAUUAAGGACAGAUAUUGCUAUGAAAGCAGAUAGUAGAACAUUGAUGAUGAAUGAAAUUCUAUCUGGAAUACAAACGAUUAAAUUAAAAAAAGUUAUUGAAACAUCCAAUACUGAAAUACCUAACUUGGUUGAAAGUGAUAAAUUUCCUCAAUUACCCAGGGAUUUACACAGGAAAAAUGGAAUUAAUAACUUCAAUUUUAGAUGGAAGGUGAAUGCAAAUGGAGAUAAGGAUUACCUUUUAAAAGCCAUAAAUUUCAGUAUAAAAAGAGAACAAUUGAUUGGAAUUUGUGGUAAAGUUGGGAGUGGAAAAUCGACACUGCUGUUGAACAUGUUGGGAGAAUAUUCAACAUCAAAUGGACAAAUAUCCCUUCCGUCUAAAAAAUCGUUCGCGCCUCAAGAACCUUGGAUCUACAAUGGAACUAUUCGCGAAAAUAUUCUGUUCGGAGAAGAUUUCAAUAUUCUCAAAUAUAAGAAAGUCUUACAUUGUUGUUGUCUCGAUAAAGAUCUUGAAACAUUUCCUCUAAAAGAUCAAACUAUUGUUGGCGAAAAUGGACUGAUGUUAAGUGGUGGACAAAAAUCUCGACUUUCUCUUGCAAGAAGUAUAUACAGAGAUGCUGAUAUAUAUCUUCUUGACGAUCCUCUAAGUGCACUUGAUAAUCGUGUCGCCAAACAAAUCAUGGAAAGAUGUAUCCAUAACUAUUUAAAAUAUAAAACUGUUGUACUCGUCACACAUCAAACCCAAUUUCUUCAAGAUGCCGAUAUUGUCUACUUGAUAGAAAAUUCAACUUGCACCGAAAUACAGAAGAAUUCUUUGCAAGAUUUUCACUCUGAAAAUAUUCCAAAUCCUCAAAUGAACAUCAAUGUUAAUACAAACACAAUUGAAUCUGAACGUUUAAACUCGGGAGCUUCAACAUUUAAAACUUACACAGACUACUUAAAAAGUGGAAAUAUAGUGAUAUUCCUGCUUUCACUAUUUCUCUUUUCUCUGGUUUUUCUAAUGAAAGUCUUACUAGAUAAAACGAUUUCUAUUUUAGCAAAAGAACCAAUGAACAAUGAAUUGUUAUCUAAAGUUGCAAUACUUCUUUGUCUGAUGAUCAUACUCGAAAUUGGAAAGGGUUUUUUGUUCUAUAUAAACAGUGGUCUAGCAUCUAUUAAUCUUCAUAAUAAAAUGUUUGCAAAAGUAAUGUCAGUUGCCAUGAGAUUCUUCCAUAUAAAUCCAAAAGGACGAAUUCUAAAUAGAUUCUCAAGGGAUAUGGGAUUUAUUGAUACUGAACUUCCCAGAAUGAUUGAUUUUGUGAUGGCAAUAGCUGGAUCUAUGAUGUUUUCAAUUUGUUUAGCAAUAUAUAAUGUAUACUUUUUAAUGAUUCCUUUUGCUCUGGCCAUAACUUAUGUUAGUACAACGACUUGUGCCUUUCAAUACGCUUUGAGACAGUACACUCUUGUUGAUGGAUAUAUGACUUCCGUUGAACGAAUAAAAGAGUAUUCUCUUCUUAGGUCAGAAGAAGAUUCCGAUAAAAAGUUUCCACCAGUUUCAGAUUCUUGGCCUUCGAAUGGAUCUCUUACUAUCAAAAACGUAUUCAUGAGAUACGAUGAGAGUCUUCCUUAUUCUUUGAAAAAUAUCAAUGUUAAUAUUCUUUCUGGAGAGAAGAUUGGAGUUGUUGGACGUACAGGAGCCGGGAAAAGUUCACUAAUCAGUGCUCUCUUCAGAAUGUGUCCUGUCGAAGGAGAGAUUAUUCUUGAUGGUGUUAAUAUAUUGACUGAUGUGAAUUUACAAUGUUCACGAUCCGUUAUAUCGGUCAUUCCUCAAGAUCCUAUACUGUUUACCGGAACUUAUCGAUCGAAUCUCGAUCCUCUCGAUGAGUAUUGUGAUGAUGAUAUUUGGAUGAGCUUGAAAAAAGUUUAUCUCGAUAAGAAAGUUGGAAACACGGCACAACAAUUAAACUCUACAAUAUCAGAAUGUGGUCGAAAUCUCAGUGUUGGGGAAAGACAACUGAUUUGUUUAGCGAGAGCUCUUUUGAAAAAGUGUCAUCUUUUAAUAAUUGAUGAAGCAACUGCAAAUGUCGAUAAUGAAACGGAUAAGUGUAUCCAAAAUAUACUGAAAUGUCAUUUUAAGGACUGUACUACAAUAACAAUUGCUCAUCGUUUAAGUACGAUUAUGGACAGUGAUAAGAUUAUCGUGAUGGAUUCGGGAGAAGUAGGAGAAUACGGAACAGUGAAAGAACUUUUAAGAAAAGAAGGAAUGUUUUUCGAGCUUGUUAAUAAUCAAAAAAAUAUAGCCAAGGAUUCAGUGUGA